GUUAUAUUCCUCAUAAUGUUCAGAGACGCAGCACUGGCUCCAUCACUGGCGGAGCGAUACACGCGUCUCUCAUCCUGGUUUGUCAAGAGGAGGGUGUGUGGCUCACUCUACCUGCACGUACUGAGAGGAAGGGGGGUUGAUUGUUCAUUUGGACCAAAAGGACCUGUCUGCCGUGCUCUGAAAUGCGCUGCUGUCUCGUUGUAACAUCGAUUAUUAUGCCCCGGGUCUGGUUGCUGUGGAGAUUUUGCCGUUGAUGACCCUUUCUGCCUAAUUUGGAUGGGCACUCCUGGAUGACUGUGAAUAUGUUUAUUCUGGUACUCCGGUGGAGAGCGUGAGGAGCUUGGAGGGCUGUCUUCAGAACUGGGCUGGACAUGAGGUCGCUCUGAACUGGCUGCCUGCUCCUGUGGGGUGGUGACAGGAUGCCUGUGCAGGCAGCCCAGUGGACAGAGUUUCUGUCCUGUCCCAUAUGCUACAAUGAAUUUGAUAGCAGUGGCCACCAGCCCAUCAGCCUGGGCUGCUCCCAUACAGUGUGUAAGACCUGCUUACACAAGCUGCACCGUAAGGCCUGUCCCUUCGACCAGACCCCCAUCAACACUGACAUCGACCUGCUGCCUGUCAACUGUGCUCUGCUGCAGCUGGUCGGUGCUCCGGUACCAGACAUGAGACCAUUAAGCCUGAGCAGUGCUGCAGAAGUGGGGCACUAUGAGGUGUGCAGUGAAUGUGUGGAGGAGCUGGCACUCUACCUAAAACCUAUUGCCGGGGUCAAAGGUGCUGCGAGCCCGAGCGUGCUGAGUCGGCCCAUGCAGAGGAAGCUUGUGACCCUAGUGAACUGUCAGCUGGUGGAGGAGGAGGGCCGAGUGCGGGCAGUGAGGGCAGGCCGCUCUCUGGGGGAACGCACCGUGACAGAGCUCAUCCUGCAGCACCAGAACCCCCAGCAGCUCUCUGCAAACCUGUGGGCUGCUGUCAGAGCACGGGGCUGCCAGUUCCUCGGACCAGCUAUGCAGGAAGAUGCGCUGAAGCUGGUUCUGUUGGCCCUAGAGGAUGGCUCGGCUCUCUCCAGGAAGGUUUUGGUUUUGUUUGUGGUGCAGAAGCUGGAGGCCCGCUUCCCACAGGCCUCUAAAACCAGCAUUGGCCAUGUGGUUCAGCUGCUCUACAGAGCUUCAUGUUUCAAGGUGACUAAGCGUGAUGAAGACUCAUCCCUAAUGCAGCUGAAGGAAGAGUUCCGAACUUACGAGGCGCUCAGGAGAGAACAUGAUGCGCAAAUAGUACAUAUCGCCAUGGAAGCAGGCCUACGCAUUUCACCUGAGCAAUGGUCUUCGCUGUUGUAUGGAGAUCUGGUUCACAAAUCUCACAUGCAGUCCAUUAUUGAUAAGUUACAGUCUCCAGAGUCAUUUGCCAAAAGUGUGCAGGAGUUGACUAUAGUUUUGCAAAGAACUGGAGAUCCAGCUAACUUAACCAGUCUGAGACCAAAUCUGGAGCUGCUUGCUAACAUAGACCACAACCCAGAUGCACCACCACCUUCAUGGGAGGAGCUGGAAAGUGUGAUGUUAGCUGUAAAACAAGUGGUUCAUGGACUUGUUGAAUUCAUACAGAAUUUUAGUAAGAAGAGUCAUGAUGCUCCACAGCCUCAGGCUAACAGCAAGUACAAGACCAGUAUGUGCAGAGAUCUGCGGCAACAGGGAGGCUGCCCCCGAGGAACCAACUGUACAUUUGCACACACUCAGGAUGAACUGGAGAAGUUUCGUCUAAGGAACAAGAAAAGUGGCAGCCUAAAUCGUUCUCUCCAGUUGUUGCAGGGGGUCAUGGGUAAGACUUUCACCGUUGAGGGCUCAGAGGCAUCCACUGUGGCUGGUCAGGGCUCCAAGGGCUUAGGAGACACUGCAGUACUAGAGAGGGUGCCAAACCUCACCCACUCUCAGCUCAUCUGCAGAGGGGCAGACAUGUUGGAGGAUGUCAAGAGAGCAGUGCCAAAUGAAUCCACUGUGGCUAAUGGAUCCAAUGAGCUGUGUGCCACCAGGGUGUCUUCUGGGACAACAGAACAAAAAUCCAUGUCCCCUCCAAGAACUCCUCUAAACCAUCCCUUGGUGUCUUCUCCCUCGACAACUACUGGAUGUGCUGAUGGUAGUUCCCAAGUGGCCAAGCACAGUCCUUUUUUAACACGUGCACCACACCCUUCUCAAACCUCUGAGCUGUAUUACCAGGAUGCCCACUCACCCUACGACUCUCCCCAGUUUCAACAAACAUCAGGCUCCUUCUACCCCUCCACUCUUCACGCCCCACACAAAACUUGCAUGGCUCGAUUCCUUCGCUCCUCAAAUGUCCCAGAAUCCUCUCUGCCUCCUUCAAUGGGCCCUCCACCAUCUUCCUUCUCCAGUGACCUUCAGCCCUCACACCCACCCUCCUCUUCAUCCUCUGGGUAUGCGCCUCACCCACUUAGAGAGCGAAUAAGUCACCCUACUUUCCAUGGCCAUCCGAGUCAACCUCCAUACGGCCCCCUUGCUCCUGCCCAUGGUGUUUACGCCCCUCUCUACGACAGCAGGAGGGUAUGGAGGCCACAGUUGUACCACAGAGAAGAUGCGAGGAGCAACUCUCUACCCCCAGAGGUGCUGCAUUCAACAGUCUAUCAAGCUCCACUAAGAGAGAGAUUUAACUCUUUAGACAGCAACUACUGCUCAGGAACAGAACACAGAGGACUGCACAGGGACUAUGGCCGUGUUCCUCUGGGCUAUGAGGAUCUGUUCAGAAGGAAGCAGGAGCAGUGGAUUCACCAUCACCACCACCAUCAUAGCAGUAAUCGACCAGCUCAGUCCUCGCCCAUCUUCACCAUUGAUUUUGGAACAGAGCAUAUGGAGAGCAAUGGAAGUCCAUGUAUGGGCUGUCACUUCCGAGGGGAGGAGAGUUUAGCGCACUACUCUCCUUGGUCUUGUGGUUCCCUCGGCCCAUGCAUUAGUUCUUUUGAGCCUGACUCUCUCACACAUACAUCAGCCCACUCCUGCUCCGAGCAUGUGGAGUUGAAAAAUAAUGAGAGUGGAUGCAGUGGUGAUGGUGUAACAAAACCAUGGCUGCAUUCAUUAGAUCACUACCGUCGACUCAAAGAUGAAGAUCCAAUCAUUCCUUUCAGUGAGGGGCCUAUUAUCUCCAAGUGGGGAGCCAUAUCUCGAGCCUCUCGUACUGGCUAUCACACCACCGAGCCAGUCCAAGCCACAGCCUGCCAGGCCAGUGCCAGCACCACUGCCAUCAACUUCAGAGACUACAAUGCCCACUUGGACCAUAGUGACUACAGAUGGAACUCGAGAGGAUCAAACACUUCUGGCCAUUCCCACUAUCUGGACAGUGAGCAACUUUGUUCAUCUGAUCUAAGAGGGAGGCGAACUUCUGUCGGGACUGGGGAGAAGCCCUAUCAGACAGUGUAUGGCUUGGAUGAGGAGAGACUCUGUGAGAGUGAACCAGAGCCUGACCGGGACAUUGAGCUGGAACUAUGUGCUCUUGACAUGGAUGACAUAGACCAGCAGGAUGUCAAGUCACAGGACAGUGAGUCAAUAGACCUCGCCUCUCCCCAGUCUGACGAGACUUCCCAGCACCUUCUGUCUCCUUCCUGUCCCUCACCACAGCUCACAUCGUCAAUAGAAGAACGCCCAAAAACUGACAUAUCUUUACCUGACAAGAUGGACAUUCAUUUGCUGAAAAAGAUGGCCUUUAGGAAGUCAGUUUCUCCUGGUGGAAUAGUGUCAGGAGGUUUGUCUGUGGGAAAAUUAGUACUCCGAACAGGACCUCCCCAUUUGGGUGACAGUUCUUCCUGUGCUUGUUCUGAAAUUCCAGUGACUACUGCAGUGCUGCUCAAUGGAAGCUAAAACUUUGAAAAUUCAAACACUGCACAGGAUCCAAAUAUGUAGCCUAGCUAGCAAACCCCAAUCUCCAAGUACUCAUAAGAUUUUGAACAUCCAAAUAGGUACAGAUAUCUAUAGUUAGCAUAUUUACAUUACAAUAGUACCUUGCCUAUUAACACUCGAUGAAAGCUAGCUUCCCUCUCUUCCUUCCCACUUUGCACUAGUUAUAUAAAUCAAACAUGUCAAACUACACUAGUAGUAUUGCUGCUCUCUGCUCUUCAUAUACUAUAUACACAGGUAUAAUAUUUUUUAUAGCUAUUCAAAUUAAUAUUUACAUAAUGGUGAUGUCAAGGAAAUAACAGUUUCUUUGAUGCUCUGUUAAAAUAUUAAGACUGACCCCUUCAAUUGAGGACUUUUAUUUUCAUAGUGAAGCGCUUCUGUCUUUGGUAGUCAUAUGAUGCUCUGACUCCCACUGCAGUCAUGGGACCAUGCCCUUGGGACUAUUUUGGCAUUAUUUAAGAAUUAAGUAAAGUGUUAACUGGAGCUGUAAAAUAUGAUCAAACUAGUAAAAUGUGCUUUUUGAAAAUUAUUAUUUGAUGGUCAUAGUUAAGUGCCAUUGCUUUUCUUUUAAAAGUAACUGAAUCGAGCUAAAAUGUUCCAGCUCCACAAUUACUUUACAGACAAUUUAUAACAAAAUGUAAAGUGAAUUGUUUUUUGGUUUUGUUUUGUAAGCAUUUUCAUCCACAAAAUAUUUUUGCUUGUGCUUUGCUAACUUCUGUGAAGUUGUUUGUAACUAUUUUUGUAUCAGGAUAUUAUUGUGUCUUGAAGAUUUAAAUCGCUUAAGUGAACCCGUUUUUAUCAUAUAAUUAUGCAUGUUUGCUUCUACUUACAAGGGAUCUGUAAGCCCUAUUGUUCCUGACAGAGCUCACUUUGUAUUGUACAAUCAAUUUUCAAGCUGCCCAACCUGAUUCUUUUCAUUGAAAAUACACUACUUAGUCAUAAUGACUUAAAUUAAUAUUUCCGAAGAUUUAAGGAAAUGUAUUUAUAAUAAAGAAGUCUUCUUUUUGUUUUGAAAGGAAUUUCCAUGCAUUUUACAGUUGACCAUAAAUACCAUAUAGUUCCAUUUCCAUUUGGAGAUAACUACAUUUUGCAUCUGUUUACAACUAACAUUAAGUGCCAUAAGAUGUACAGUUUGACUGUAUGGUUUCUGCCUUGCACUGCCCCUUGCUUUGACAGACUCACCUGGAAAAAUGCAAAGAAUGAGACUGAGUUGAACUUAGCAGUUCAGUGCAAUUGCGCUUUUCUCCAGUAGAGGCUGCUAGAUCCAUGUGUGCACAAGUUGCUCAGGGAAGGUCGGGGAGAUGUUAUUACAACAAUUUUUUACCAAUUGGGGAUUUAAUUCACUGUAAUUUUAUUGGUUGAGUAAUUAUUCUCAGUGUUUUGAUUCUCUUAAUGUUUAUUAUAAACCCGUAAUGUUUAUUAUAAACCCAACUAUUUUGUAGAACCAGUUGUGAAGUAACUGCACUGCUGCCUGCUCUGGUAACCGCACCCCAUUCUUUGCCACUACAUUACUGGUAGUGUGUGCAAGCCCACCUUGUCCCAGCACCUUCCCAUAAUUGCUCUAUUGUCAUGCAUGCCAUAGGCCCUCUUGUGAUGGUGGAGGAGUAUUGAUGAAUUGUAGUUGUGAUACAACACACCCAGCGCUGUAAGAGUUCUGCACAUGCCCACUGUGUGGCCACGUCAAUGCUCAAGUUUGCUUGCAGUAUUAUUAUUGUUUGCUGAAAUAUAUUAAUUAUAUACUAGUAUUGUUAUUACCACAUUUUAUUGCUGUUGUGGUACAGUAAUUUUGUUGAUUGUGAAAAGAGACUGAACUAAUGUUUUAUGACUUCAUGUCUGUAUUAGACAUUUAUUUUGUAAAUCUAUUGCUCAGUGGAUAUGUAGGCAAAGUGAAUUAAGAGAUGGUACACAACCGUCAUUGUAAAGAGUCUGGCACCAUCAUUAGAUGGACUUAUAGUAUAGAUGCAUUUAUAAAACGUGUGAGAAUAAGAUGCUAGCCUAUAUUUAAAUGUGUUCAAUUAAUUGGGCAGCUGUAUAGUAUUUUUACUAUGGGAAGGAGCAAGCUCCAGUAAUGAAUAAUACUGUUAUGUAUUCAAUUUAUUUCCUUGGAAAUACAACAUGUGAAAGGUUUGCCUUUUACUUAUAUUAUAAUACCAAAAUUUAGCAAGAUGUUUGUGCUUUUAAUAAUUGAUGAAUUGUACAAUAUUUGAAUGAUUUCUUUAUUCUGUGUUUAUAAUGGGUUACUUGUGUUACACUGUUUACCAACAGUAUGCCCAUGUGGCAUCUUGUUAUUGUGUUGCACUUCAAACAGUAAACAUGAGAGUAAGGAAUUAAGCAUACAAAACUGCAUGCUACAAUAAACCA